GGGAUGUCCUGUUCCCAGCACUUCUUCACAAUUGCAACAAGCAUUGAUGCCCACACCAUGGAAAUCUCCUCCAGUGUUGAGUUCCAUUUAUUCAUGGACAUGAGGGCAGAAUUUACAUGGAUAUCUUUCCAGAUGAUGCCAAAACAGUGGGCUGUAGCUACAGAGUCUUGUAACAACUGCCUAGAGGAGAAGAAUUAUGCUGAUGGGCAUGAAACAGUGAGAAAGAACCCCCAGGCCCUUCUCUGA